UGUCAUUGUAAAUUUGUUUCGGGACUGGUAAAAGUGUUUUGCGUCUUGUUAAUUUGUUUUCUAAAAUGUAAAUUUGUUUCGUCCUUGGUAAAAGUGUUUUCCCAUGUAAUUGUGUUUUAUGAUAGCACAGUGUUGCAGUUCAGCUCCUCCCACUGCAGUCACAUGGUCAGUUAAGCUCCGCCCACUGCAGUUCACCAAUAAAUGCUGGAAUAUUAUCAUCAGUUCACAAGUGAAGACAGCAUCAAAUCAUCAGGAAGAGCUGAAAUCUGCAGACUGGACAGAGAGAAGAUGAGAGACCCAGAACCCUGCAGAAUCAAACACACUAAAGAACAAAAAGAGCUGAUGGAAGAGGACGAGGAGAGUGAAGAACUGAUUGAAGUGAAGGAGGAACAUCAUGACAAACCUGGAGAAAAACCUCUGAGUCGCUCAAAGACUAAAAAUACAUUUUUAAAGAAAAAAAGAGCCAAGGAAUCUUUCACCUGCACUCAGUGUGGAAGGAGUUUGACAACCAAAUAUAGUCUUGAGUGUCAUAUGAGGAUCCACACUGGAGAGAAGCUGUUCAGAUGUGAUCAAUGCGGGAAGAGUUUCACAGAGAAACGCAGUCUUGAGAAUCAUGUAAGAGUUCAUACUGGAGAGAAACCGUUCCUGUGUGAUCAGUGUGAAAAGAGAUUCUCAAGCAAACAAUAUUUUGAGCUUCACAUGAGAGUCCACACUGGAAAGAAACCAUUCACAUGUGAUCAAUGCGGGAAGAGUUUCACACAAAGACCACAUCUUAUGGGACACAAGAGGAUCCACACCGGAAAGAAGCCGUACGCAUGUGAUCAGUGUGGAAAGAGUUUCCCAUUCAAACAUAAUCUUGAUGUUCACAUGAGAGUUCACACCGGAGAGAAACCAUUCACAUGCAAUCAGUGCGGGAAGAGUUUCACACAAAGACCACAUCUUAAGGGACACAUGAGGAUCCACACCGGAGAAAAGCCGUUCUCGUGUGAUCAGUGUGGACAGAGAUUCACACGUGAACAAAAUUGUGAGAUUCACAUGAGAAUCCACACCGGAGAGAAACCGCAUGUGUGCCAUCAAUGUGGGACGAGUUUCACCCGAUCAGAUCACCUUAAAUCACACAUGAAAAUCCACUCUGAAGAGAAGCCAUUCACAUGUGAUCAGUGCGGCAAAACAUUUCUUAGGGCAUCAAUCCUGAAGAUGCACCUGAAAGUUCAUACGAAGGAGAAGCCGCAUUCAUGUCCUGUAUGUGGAAAGAGUUUUUCUCUGUUGCAGUAUUUAUGUAAACAUGAGAAAACUCAUACUGGUAUAGGAGCUCAUAUGUGCUUUGAGUGUGAGAAGACUUUUACUUCAGCGAGCAGUUUAAAACUGCACCAGAGGAUUCACACUGGAGAGAAAGCUUAUGUGUGUUCACACUGUGAUAUGAGAUUCAAUCAGUCAGCAAAUCUGAAAAAACAUGAGAGGAUCCACAGCAGAGAGAAGCCGCACACGUGUGAUCAGUGCGGGAUGAGUUUCGCUUUUAAAAGUCACCUGAAGAUGCACAUGAAGAUCCAUGCAGUGGAGAAACCAGAUCACCACAGUCUGAAAUCAUGGUGAGAAGUCUUUAUGUGCUGAGCAACAAACUCUCUUCUGUGUAAGUUAGUUUUCCCAACAGCAGCACUGAGCAACAGGCCAUUUCACAGCAUGAAAAUUCAGUUAUAUAAAAAAUAUAAAUCUAUAAGUCUUAAUGAGAGACUUUCUCAUAAUAAUAAGUUAUGUCGUAAUAUUCAGAAAAUCAAUCUCAUAAUGAGAUUUACAAUUAUAAAGUUUGGUCAUGAAGCUCUGGGUGGCACAGGCUUGACAUGUAACUGUGAGCAAUCACAUUGUUUACUACACGAUACAAGCUGUCUGACAUCUAAGCUAUCAUGCAAAAAGUGUGAGAAAACUUGCUGACAGUCAGUCCUUUCAAUAGCUUUGACCAGCAGAUGUCGCUAACAUGCCUUCAUGCCCUCAUCUACAUUACGCAUCUAUGAGAUACUUUAUCAUAAUAUUGACUUAACAUCUCAUAAUAAUGAGAUACUUUCUUGUAAUAAUAAGAUAAUUUCUCAAAAUAAUGAUUCAAUAUCUCACAAUAAUGAGAUACAUUUCCAUAAUAACGAUUUAAAGUCUCAUAAUGAGAUACAUUUCUUAAUGAGAAACUUUCUUGUAAUAAUGACUUAAUCCACACAUGCGUGCUGUAGAUGAGGGCAUGACGGCAUGUUAGUGACAUCUGCUGGUCCAAGCUAUUGAAUCUACUGUACAGGAAUGAAUUUGCUUUUCCUUCAGUCCCACAUGUGUUUGAUGUUUGGUGUGAAAGGACCGACUGUCAGCAAGUUUUCUCACACUUUUUGUCAGACAGCUUGUGCCGUGUAGAAAACAAUGUGAUUGCUCACAGAUUACAUGACAAGCUGUUGUCGAGGAGAUUUGAUGGAUUAAAAUGUCUAUUGAACUCAUCGGUGGUCUUGAGCUUGGGGUGUUCAUUACUUUUCAUUUCAAUUCUCAAAUGAUUUUUUAUUUAUUUAU